AUCGUCUUCCAUUAUCAUUUUCUGUAUCUUUUAAUAACAAUGAAUUCAGUGUUCAUACCAGCAUGUCUUCAGAGGACAUCUUUAUUAUUUCGUGUAAAGGUCAAAUAGCCUGCUAUUGAAAUUCAAUGGAAUUUGCAAACAUAUUCUUACACAAUUUACCAAUGAAAUAUAUGAAAAAUUAUAGAAGAAAUAUAUAUCAGAUAUGAAUUUGGACAUGGUUGGUGUUUUAUUAUUUUAAUCUCAAGAUCUGUGCAAACUAUAACGUUGUUGUCAUUGUGCCAAAGUCCAAUCUGGAACGCAAAGGACCAAUGCGCUCAGAAUUUGCCCCCACACGGACACAUUUACCAUUCAUUAGCCACGUAGCGGCGAUGGCAGCUCUGAGGACGGCACUUCAUGGACGGUUCAUUCAAGCCAUCCCCUUCUCCUUGGGGUCGUUGCGGUUUGCCAGCUCAUUCAAGGCCGCAGACCUCACUAUCGAGCACAACACUGUGGGGAAGCCCAAGCCAGACCCCGCCUCCCUGGUGUUUGGCAAACAGUUCUCAGAUCACAUGCUGACCAUCUAUUGGUCAGAGAAAGCGGGCUGGAAGGUUCCACAGAUCAAGCCCUUUCAGAACCUGUCGUUGCACCCUGCCACCUCUGCCCUGCACUACUCCAUAGAGCUAUUUGAGGGCAUGAAGGCGUUCAGAGGGGUAGACAACCACAUCCGUCUGUUCAGACCCAACCUGAACAUGGAUAGAAUGCACCGCAGUGCUGACCGCAGCUGUCUCCCUUUGUUUGAUAAGGUGGAGCUGUUGGAGUGCAUUAGGAAGCUGGUGGAGGUGGACCAGGAGUGGGUCCCCUACUCCCUAGACGCCAGCCUCUAUAUAAGACCCACCUUCAUUGGCAUUGAGCCUUCCCUGGGUGUGUCGAGGGCCAGCCAAGCCCUACUAUUUUGCAUCGUGGGUCCUGUAGGGCCCUACUUUACCACAGGGGCCUUCAGCCCAGUCUCUCUGCUGGCAGACCCAGGCUACGUCAGGGCCUGGAGAGGGGGGGUCGGAGCCUACAAGAUGGGGGGUAACUAUGGGCCUACUAUAGCAGUGCAGAAUGAGGCUAUAAAGCAGGGCUGUCAGCAGGUCCUGUGGCUGUAUGGCGAGCAGGAGGAGAUCACAGAGGUCGGCACCAUGAACCUCUUCAUCUACUGGACGAAUGAGGGAGGAGAGAGAGAGUUGCUGACCCCUCCUCUAGAUGGCAUCAUUCUCCCAGGAGUCACCAGACAGUGUCUGCUGGACCUGGCCAGAGAAUGGGGGGAGUUCAAAGUGACAGAGCGCACCAUGGGCAUGAAGGAGCUGCUCGGUGCUUUGGAUUCAGGCAAGAUUACGGAGGUGUUUGGUGCCGGGACGGCCUGUGUCGUCUGUCCCGUCGGCAGCCUGCUCUACAAAGGAAAGACAUACCAAAUUCCUACCAUGCAGAAUGGUCCAGACCUGGCCAAGCGAUUCCACAAAGAGCUGACGGACAUGCAGUAUGGACGGAAACAGAGUGAAUGGGCACCACUGGUCGUUUAAUUGGCAGCUUGCACAUGCCAAUCAUAUCGCGACCAGUCCCCCUCUCCAUCUUCAAGACCAGCAGCUUCACCACAACCCAUAAUGCACUCCCUUUGAUAGGCUGGCUGACCUGCAGAGAUGAACUGGUCACGUCUGUUACUCUUGGUGUUUCUGCAUGGACUUUUAAAGGGAUAGGGUUAGUCUGUCAUUCAAAUGUUGGAAGUUUCAUGCAAUACCAACAGUUACACGAUACUGUAUAAGCAAUGCUGUGAAACGUCCGCAGCUUUGGUAAAACCAACCUAGUCUAGUCUGUGUUUUUCUGUAUUAGGGGCAAAGUCCAUAUUAUUUUUCCUAUUCAGUCCUUUAUCAUACUGUAGCACAGGUUACAGAAGAGGAUCGUCCUCCAAGCUUUUUAAUAGCACAAACACUACAUGAGAUGCCCUAUAGGGUCGUAUGUGCGAACAGGCACAAACAGAUGUAUUGUUGUAAUAGUUUAAAUAUGCAAUACGCACAACUAUUGUAGGGUAUUACUGGUAAGUUAUGUUGGUCAUUUGGUUUAUUUGCAAUAUGGGAGUAACUUUGUACAGGUACUUAAUAGGAACAAUUGAGGCUGUUAGACAUUUUCACUGGAUGACAUCAGGAAUGUGUUGAAUGUACUGUUAUUGUUAAGUGACUGUAGGAACAGAUCAGAUCAAAACCACGUCACAGGAUUUAUUGUUACUUUAUAAAUGUCACAAUAUAACCUGAGGAAGUAGAAUAUGAUUUAAUUAGGUUUUAUCAAGCCAGGAAUACAAAUGUGUAUACAUACCAUAUUGACACCAGAGGUGCUUUUUAACAAUCUCCUGGAAAUGAGUUUAUACUGACCUUAGUUUGAUUUAAGUCAGGUGUGUGUGUGUGUGACUGAGCAGAAGAGAGAAAGUCAUGUGAUCGUGUGUGUUGGGGAGUGUGUCUUUCUGGAUUGGAAAGAUACCACUAAGAAUGUGUUGUCGAAAGAUUGAGAUUAAAAUGGAGAGGUCGAAGUGAACUCAAGCAUGCACAAAGAGGUUAGCUAUUGCUACAUGAUAUACUUAAGCAAUAAUGCCCGAGGGGGUGUGGUAUAUGGCCAAUAUACCAUGGCUAAGGGCUGUUCGUAUGCACGACGCAACGAGUGCCUGGAUUCAGCCCUUAGAUGUGGUAUAUUGGUCAUAUACCACAAACCCCCGUGGUGUCUUAUUGCUAUUAUAAACUGGGUAUCAAUGUAAAAAGAGCAGUAAAUUACAUGUUUUGUCAUACCUGUGGUAUAUGGUCUGAUAUACCACGGCUGUCAGCCAAUCAGCAUUCAGAGCUCAAACAAACCAGUUUAUAAUGUAGACUUCAGAGUACGAGAGAGAGACCACUUUCAAUAGAUGCUAUAGACUGUCCGUGACUUCUGCUCUAGGUUGUGUUAACCAUUAUGUAAACAUGUAACAAUUAGUUUAAAAAGUCUGUGGGUUUGAACUUGUUUUUCUUGUCAGUUGGAACUACUGUCUUCCCAAUUAUUUACCAUAUAUCCAGCUUUGUCCUCACCCUGCUGCUUUCCUUCAUUCUCUUUGAAUGUAUUUGACUCUUUCAUAUCACUUGAGGUUCUUGCCAUCCCCCCCUUUCUAAGUGCCUAACUGAGUGAGUACUCUGUCGUUUUCCUGUGGAUCUAACUUGUUUUUAUAGUGGUUGCACUAGAGGCUAUCCUGCUGGAUCUUUUUGUUUUUGUUGUGGGACAUUGUUACUCUACUUUUCUGUUACUAGAUUUUUACAAUAAACUCCAUUUGUGUUC